UCUGAACUUUUCAAAAUAAGCCCCGGACGAGCUGCCCGGGACGUUACUAUACCUAAAAAUCAAGACCAUACCAAGGGAUGGUGAUCGGAUUAUUAUAUUUCUUUGAUUGAAGAGCCGCGUUCGAGCAAUCCGUCGGCCGGAAGCCGCCGGUGCGAUUGACGCCACCGCGGAGGAGCCCUAGCGGAACUGACGUCACAGACCUCUCGCUCCUUGGCAGACUCGGUUGUCCCGCUGCAGUCCUAAUGGAGAACCGCGCCGAGUGUUCCUCAUUCUGAUCCAGUUUCUUCAAUAAUUAUGCCGCGGUACUGCGCUGCACAAGACUGCUCGAACAGCGUAUGUUACAGCGGCAGACCUGCGCACAAGUUUCCGAGUGAGCCCACGUUGCGGAAGCUGUGGAUUCGCGCGGCCCGUCCUUCCCAGCCAACAUGGAAGCCCGCCAAAGGCGAUUGUCUUUGCACGGAGCACUUCGAAGACGAGGACUACAAGACGAGCCCGAAGUUACUGCAAAGUCUGGGCUUGCCUGUAAAACAGGCCUAUUUGAAGCCUGGCGUGGUGCCAUCGCUCUUCACGCGAAAACGCAAGCGAGAGCGGCACAGCGGCGCCGUGGAAAAACGGCGACGGAAAGAGAUAAUUGCUGAAUUGCUGGAGGCACCGGCACAAGCAAAGGCCACACUCAUCGCUGAAGAAGUCAGCACAUCGUCAACCCCUUCUGGUGACGACACUGAGCAAGGUCCUGACUCCGGACAUGAACCGAUGCAUGAUGCAAAUGCUGGCAUCGAAGAACCUUGUUCGAGCUCAGCCCCCUCCAUCAGUAAUGCCAAACAGGCUCAACCUGACCUUCGGAACGCUGCUACGCAGACCUCGGGCAUCUACAGAAAUCGAGGCAUACAAGUCACCUUGAAGACUUCAUCACGAAAGUCCCAAACGAAUCCUGUCCUCGUGACACCACGAUGCUCCUCACCAAAUCAUGUCCCCCAAGCUCCAUUGGAUUGGAUGUUGCCUGAAGGGCUGACUCUGUCGCCGCAGCCGCCAGUGCGCAGACAACCAGCUCCACCGCCGGACCCACCACAGCUGCCAACAAUAAACAAUGAGCUGCCCAGUGCAGGCCAGGAAGAGUCUGUUGAAGAGUGUCCCACGGAGCUGCCAGAGCCACACGUGGAAGCAGACAGCCUAUACCUCCCCUCUGACGCUAGCUUCCUCAUGAUGAUGUCCGACACCGGCUUUCUGAGGGAUGCACAGCAGAACACUGCAUCUGACAGCGCACUCAGUCAUCAUGAGAGCAGCAAAAGCAUCGACUACGUCUCGGAACGAAAGUUUAUUGUUUUCGAGUCUUGUUUGGACGAGCUACUAGGUAAUUGUCCCGAGUGCACUGCACUGUGCCGCAUCACAGAAAAGAAGAUCAGAGGGACAUGUCUCCGGGUGCACAGAAUGUGCAACAAUGGCCACCAACACACCUGGACCAGCCAACCAUCAGUGAAUAGGAGGGCCCUGGGCGAUGUGCUCCUAGCUGCAGCAACGCUCUUCUCUGGGAGCAUCGUCAAAAAAGUGCUAAGGCUCCUCCACCAGAUGGGCGUGCCCUGUUUAUCGUACGAGACACACUUUAAGAUUCAGGGUGCCUUCCUUCUACCAGCGAUCAGACAGGUGUGGAACAGGAAACAAAACGAGCUCUUCGAGCAAGCAAGUGGACGAGAACUGGUCCUCGCUGGUGAUGGGCGGUCAGACUCCCCCGGGCACUCAGCAAAAUAUGGAACGUACACCGUCGUCGACGUGUCAACGAAGAAGGUUCUCCAUGUGGAAACAGUGCAGUCCAACGAAACGAAGGGCAGCUGGGCAAUGGAGCUCGAGGGCCUGAAAAGGACUCUACUGAUUUGUGAAGCCAAUGGAUUGACUGUGGGAGGAAUCAUCACUGAUCGCCACUCCAUGAUCAAGUCAUUCCUUCCCAAGUGGUACCCCCAGAUUCGGCACAUGUUCGACUGCUGGCACGUUGCAAAAGGCAUCAAGAAACGCAUGGUCUCAGCUGGGAAACUCCAAUCCCUUGUGGGACUCCAAGACUGGGUGCAGGCAACUGUCAAGCACCUCUAUUGGUGUGCGGAAUCCAGCGAUGGAGCGCCAGAGGAGAUCCUUCCUAAGUGGACUUCCCUGGUGGGACACGUGGCUGACUUGCACGAACAUGCCGACCCCCUGUAUCCAAGGUGCCAGCACGGAGACCUGGGGAAGAAAAAGUGGCUUCCUGAGGGACUUCAGGCACACGACAAGCUAAAGAGCAUCGUGCUGUCAAAGCCACUGCUGAAGAACAUCCCGCAGCUCUCAACCUCAGCGCAAACCUACGCAACUGAGUGCUUUCACAGCACUGUGAACCAGUUCGCACCGAAGUCGACACACUUCAAGUACGAGAGCAUGCAGGCAAGAGUCUUUGUGGCAGCGCUGCAUUUCAACGAAAACAGCGACAGGCCACAGGCGACUACUAAGGAAGGCAAAAAAAGGUUCCUGGUCAAGCGGCCUAAACAAACAAAGAGGCCAAUUGCAUCUCCCAUGAAAGGGCCCUGCACAUACGCCUAUGUACAAGAGCUCAUGAAGGAAACCCUCGCCCUCAAUUGCCACUACCCGUCGUACCGAGCUGCACGAAAGGCCAACUGUGUCGAGGCUCCCCCAACUCUGUCCAGUGGAUAUGAACGCCCCAACAAGGACCUGCUCAUCUCUAACCACCGUUCCCGGUUCAACUGCUAAGCUGAAGCUGAAGGAACAUGUACUGUCGGGGAAAAAUCAAAUGCGAACAGAAGAGCGCG